AUGUCCGCGUUAGGCCUUUCCGCCGCUGCCCCGGCCUCCGCGCGCCUGAGCGUUUCCGCGGAACCCGCGCACUUGCGCCUGCGCGGGGGACGUACCAUUCCGUCCGCAUGGAAACCCACCCCCCUGUUGCUGACGUCAUCCCGAUCAGCAGCGGCGUCGCGGCGCGCAAGCCUCCCGAUCCGCGCGUCUGCUGCUGCGGGAGCGGAGGGUGCGGCGGGAGAUGCGGCGGGAAGUGCGGCGCAGGGCGGGAUGACGUACAAGGACGCGGGCGUGGAUAUCGAUGCGGGUGCUGAGCUGGUGCGGCGCAUCGCCAAGAUGACACCUGGCAUCGGCGGAUUCGGCGGGCUGUACCCGUUUGGGGACCACUACCUUGUAGCGGGUACGGACGGGGUGGGCACGAAGCUGAAGCUGGCCUUCGCGAUGGACAAGCACGACACCAUUGGCAUCGACCUGGUGGCGAUGAGUGUCAACGACAUCAUCACGUCAGGCGCUCGUCCUCUCUUCUUCCUCGACUACUUUGCCUCCAGCAAGCUCGAGGUCGACCAGGCCGAGCAGGUCAUCAAAGGCAUCGUGGACGGGUGCAAACAGUCAGACUGUGUGCUGCUGGGAGGGGAGACGGCAGAAAUGCCCGGAUUUUAUGCUGACAAGGAGUACGAUCUGAGCGGGUUUGCAGUGGGAGCAGUGAAGAAAGCAGAGCUUAUAGACGGAUCCGGUAUAAGGAAGGGCGAUAAGAUCAUCGGUUUGCCGUCCUCGGGCCUUCACUCUAACGGAUUUUCCCUCGCACGCAGAGUGGUGGACGCCAGUGGCGCUUCCCUCUCAGACCCCCUCCCAGGUGCCCCUGCGGGAGUGACUAUAGGGGGCGCCCUGCUAGAGCCUACCGUGAUAUACGUGCGGCAGGUGUUGGACAUUAUAAAGGGGGGAGGUGUGCAUGGCAUCGCGCACAUUACUGGGGGAGGCUUCACUGAGAACAUUCCCAGAAUCUUCCCUGAAGGGUUGGCUGCAAAAGCGGAUAUGACUGCGUGGGAAGAGCCUCCAAUUUUCAAGUGGCUCAGAAAGGCUGGCAAUAUUGCUGAAGAUGAGAUGCGCCGUGUUUUCAACCUUGGGAUUGGCAUGAUGCUUAUAGUGGAUGCGGAGGCUUCUAAGCGCAUUAUAGAGAGCAACCCAUCAGCCGUGCUUGUAGGCGAAGUGGUGGAGGGUGAGGGCGUUAUCUUCUCUUAA